UUUAAGAAUCAGCUGUAGUACGUCGUCAGUUGCAGAUGGUCUCGCGAAUCCUUUAAUAUCAGAGCAAUCGCCGUGCGAACAAACAAAUUUCAAAAUGAGUACUGGAAUGCCGGAGCUGGGCUCGAAGAUCAGCUUAAUAUCGAAGGCGGAUAUUCGAUACGAGGGGCGUCUUUUCACUGUUGAUCCUCAAGAAUGCACGAUUGCUCUCGCAAACGUCAGGUCAUUCGGUACGGAGGACCGCGAAACACAAAUUCCGGUUGCACCCCAAAAUCAGAUCUACGAAUACAUCCUCUUCCGUGGAACGGACAUAAAGGAUAUUCGAGUAGUUAGCAAUGUUAGCUCGAUACCCAAUGAUCCAGCGAUCGUUCAGAUGACAGUGCAGGCGUCCAUGGGCCAGCAGUCGUAUCAACCGCAACCUGGCUAUGGUCAUCCAAUGAUGGGACAGAUGGGACCAAUGGGAGCUCAAUAUGGAGCACCGUACGGUAUGCCUAUGGGGGCAAUGGGUCCAGUGAUGGGAAUUCCAACCAGGGACCCACGCGGACCAAUGAACAAACAGCCAAGUGAGUUGGGCUUGGGCCCUACCGAUCCAAACGCCAUCACUAUACCAAACUCGCAACCGGUGGCCAAUGUUGACCCAAUAUCAAAAGAUCGAACUGUGGAAGAUGGCGUCUUAGAUUUGAUAAGCGGAGGAUCUCGAUCAACCACUCCAACUGCUAACUUGAUGACGAGGAAGAGUCCAACGACAGAUCAAGGAAUUCAGGUUGGUCAUCAACAACAGCACCAGCAACAUCAGCAGCAUCAACAGCAGUCGGGAAAUGUCGGAAAGAUCGGUGACAAACCGAACGCCCGGGGAAUGCAACAAUCACAUCGUGAACGUGAAAGUCAUGGAGGUGGUGCUCGAGCCGGUAGUGGAAUGUCGCAGUACAGCAGCGAGGGAAAGCGAGGUGGAGACGGGCAGAAGCAAGAUGGUAUGAUGCAUGGACCACCAGGACACAUGCAAGGAAGUCAGGGGCAGAAUCAGGGAGCGCACCAAGGACCUCGAGGAAAUCGGGGCGGAUGGGUGAACCGAGGAGGAAGCAAUAUGCGCGGCAGAGGAAGAGGUCGUGGUACUUUCCGGAACAAUCAGCCCGGCAAUACCGGCGCCAAACCCAAAAACACACUCAAGUUCGAUAACGACUACGACUUCGAACAAGCCAAUACUGAAUUCGAAGAACUCAGGUCGCAAUUGGCAAAGACUAAGAUUGAUGGGGCAACUACGGACAAUGAGAAGAAAGACGACAGCGGCAAUGAAACUGGAGCCGGAGAGGGUGAGCCUGAGGAGGAGCCUGAUGUGGUGCAUUACGAUAAGACGAAAUCCUUCUUCGAUAACAUUAGUUGCGAGGCUGUUGAGAGGAGUAAAGGACGUUCGCAGCGCACGGAUUGGCGAACGGAGCGAAAAAUGAAUGCGGAGACAUUUGGUGUUUCGUCGAUGCGACGAGGUGGUUUCCGCGGACGCGGUUAUUACAACAAUCAUCGCGGUAUGGGAGGUGGAAUGUAUCGCGGGGCAGGCGGUCCAGGAAGUGGAGGACCAGGAAUGGGCUAUCGUGGCGGCUAUCGAGGCAGCAAUCGAGGCUCGAAUCGCAAACCCGGUCAGCAGCAUCAACAACAGUCUCACAUGAAUAAUCCGAAUAAUCAGCAGAACCGAGCCAGCAACGAACAAUCAAGCAGCGCAGCAGCAACUCAGCCACAACAGAACAAUAAUCGACUCGUCACCGGCACAGCGUAAAAAGAUAGUCAGUGUCUCGGUAAAUAACGCGAUGCUAACAAAUAAGUAUUCACUAGCCAGUAAGAUUUUUACGAUACGUGCUCUGUCGAGAACUGAUAUGAUGGUGAUGAUGAAAAUGAUGAUGAUGAUGAUGAUGAUGAUGAUGAUGAUGAUGAUGAUGAUGAUGAUGAUGAUGAUGAUGAUGUGGUGGUUUUCGAGAUUUGUCGACGGCGAUUGUAGCAUAACUAUUAUUAUUAUUAUUGUUGUAUUUGAUGGAGCGCCCUCGCUACUUCUGUAGGUAUUUUUUUUUUCAACUUCACGCGAUUGAAUCGCGACACGUGCUGCACAAAGAAACACACGGACUCUACUGGCGUACAGGACUCUUUAAAAUUUGCGCCAAGCGCUAUGAUAAUAAUAAUCUCGCUCGUGAUUAUCAGAGAGGACCACCUAACGCGACCUCGAAUAAUAACAAGAAGAAGAAGAAGCAACAUAUAAAAGCAUUACAUGAAUUUCUGCCAAUUGAUACUGCUACUACUACUACUACUACUACUACUACUACUACUACUACUACUACUACUACUACUACUACUACUACUACUACUACUACAACUACUAAUACUAAUUUUCAAAUAAAUAGUCUGUGAUUUCUUAGGCCAGGUUUCUUGUAGAUGAGGAAAUUCAGCUUUUGCGAGGGUUGUCGUUGUCGUCGUUGUUGUCGUUUUCGUUGUUUGUCGCGAUUUUGGAAGAAGACGAGAGUGAAAAAUGAUUUUUUUAUCGAGGAUAGAGAGACCAAAACAAAACAAAAAGAAGAUUGGGACCGAAACGAGAGUCCAGAAUUAAAAUUCUCUUCCUCCCUUUACAAAAGGUCCGUAAAAUUGUUGUUGUCGUCGAUAUUGGGGAUGAUGAAACGGCUCGGGGUUUCAUAUAUAUAUAGUUUUUUUUUUUUUUUUUUUUUUUUUUUUUUUUUUUUUUUUUUUUUUUUUUUUUUUUUUUUUUUUUUACCACGCUCGGGCCAAGUGGUAAUUCUACUGGUGCACAAGUCCUGCGCGUAUAAUUAGCAUAAAAGUUGUUACUGUAAGUAGCCAAUUUUUUUUUUUUUUUUUUUGUCGAGUGCUUACUUGUAGAUCAACGUAUACAUAUACAUAUAUAUAGAAAGAUUGAGAAAAGCGUGCCUCGAAUACAUCGAGUAAAUUGAGAGGAACGUGUUUAGUCUCCGAUGCUUGUCACUUUGGUGAAGCAUUAUUGGAAUUUUUCUUUCUCGAGUGAAUAGAUUGUGCCUGAUAUUGCCUCUAAAAAACUCUUGAAGACAAACGAAGAAGAAGAAGAAGAAUAAUCAGAAAAAAGAAAGCACUCGAUUUGGAGCGACGUACGAAUUCGCCGCAAAAUAUUCGUAUUGAUGAAAGCAGGCGGGGUGGGUCUCGCCAUUAUCUCUUGGACAGGCUGCUCUCUGGCCUUUUUGACUUUUGGAUAAGUACGCGGAUAAACAAAAGAAGGAAAACGAGAAAAAAAAAAUGGGAAUGGGCAUCCUGUCGCCAGUAGACUAUAGGACAAUACGUCAUUAUCUCUUGAAUUCUAAACUUUAUUUAUUUAAGACGAUGACCGCGUUGUGAGUUUAGAGGAAAUGAAUUGUUUUACUUUUAUACAUUUACUAGAAGGUUUUUGAUUUAUGAACGGGACGCGCCGAGCCGUUCUUCUUCACACGCCUAAUUAUUUUCCCCGGAUUGAGUGUCACGAGUGGAGGGCUGAGAAUCUCAAGAAGGAGGUGGAAAAGUAAUGCCGAAAAAUGAGAAGAAUAAAGAAGAAGAAGAAGCAGAAGAAAUUGUUUGUUUUUUUAUUGUGAUUGAAUGAAUCAGCAAUAAUGAUGGCAUUUACGCCGGACGCAUUAAAGUGACGAGAGUAGUAGUGGUUUUUUUUUUGUGACGUGAAUACUUGCCUCUUUUUACAUUUUAGAAAGACGUCCGCGCGAAUCAAAGUCCUUGUUCUGCUUGUGGCACUCGACUCUCAGGGAAAUGGAUUUAAAAAUAGAAAGCAAAGAAAAGGAAAAGGAUAGGAAAAGUGAAUGAAUACUGCAUGAUUAUAUUUCUCUUUCUCUCUCUCUCUCUCUCUUUCUCACACAAACAGAAACACAAAGUAAUGAGCAGAAGAAGAAGAAGGAGAUAAAAAUAAAAGGAAGAGGGCGUAAAGUCGCCAAAAUCAUUCACGACUGUUAUUUUUGUAUGGCUCAUGCGGCGAGUCGCACCAAUAUACAUACACCUAAUAUUUAGAUAUUUAGUUGAGGAGGUACUAUACUAUACUAUAGGAGCGAAAUCCUUCCUAGGCUAGGCGCGUAAUCAAGAUGAUUGUUAUUAACGGAAUAAAAAGCAGAUGAUGAUGAUGAUGAUAGUGAUUAUGAUGAUGAUGAUGAUGAAGUCGCUGAGAGUAUGAAGGCAAGACAGGGGAGAGAAAAAGCGCAUGUUUUAUGUUUGAUUACGCGUAAAAAUCACACAUAUUACAAAAGAAAAGAUGGAAUAUGGAAGAAAAGAUUGGAAGGAUGGGGAAA